CUCGAAGUUGCUUCUGCCUCCCGGAGAGGUCUGUCGGGCGAUUGCUUUUUCCUUUUUUAAAAAAGCCAAACAUUUGAUAACCAUCCACCUCCAGAAGUGAGUUUUUAUUGAAGAAGCUCCAGCUGCUCUCUGCUCGCUGCCAGCAGCCCGGCUGGGCUCUCUGAGAGUGAGCUGCUUCUCAGGCCAGGCACGACAGCAGUGCUAGCAAAUUUGAAAGAGCAGGAAACAGCCACUGCAUGCCGAGCUUCCAGCCUUACAGCUCCCCAGGCUAGUCCUCCCAGCAGCUGUGUAGCCAGUGACCCUUGGUAUUGUGGUCACAUUCCUCCUCAAAAGUGACCAGUCACCGUCAGCGACGUUGGGAGAAAGCCGUGAUGCUGCAGAUGCUGUGGCAUUUUCUCUCUAGCUUUUUCCCUAGGGCUGGGUGCCAAGGCUCCAGAGAGGGGGACGAUACCGAAGUCAGAGGCACCCCAACUCCUGCUCGGGGAGACCAGAUGUCAAGCUUUUUGGGGAAACAGGACGGCAGGGCUGAGGCCACGGAAAAGAGACCCACCAUUUUGCUGGUGGUUGGACCUGCAGAGCAGUUUCCUAAGAAAAUUGUGCAAGCUGGCGAUAAAGACCUCGAUGGGCAGCUAGACUUUGAAGAGUUUGUCCAUUAUCUCCAAGAUCACGAGAAGAAACUGAGGCUGGUGUUCAAGAGUUUGGACAAAAAGAAUGAUGGGCGCAUCGACGCUCAGGAGAUCAUGCAGUCCCUGCGGGACCUGGGGGUCAAGAUAUCCGAACAACAGGCAGAAAAAAUUCUCAAGAGAAUACGGACGGGCCACUUCUGGGGCCCUGUCACCUACAUGGAUAAAAAUGGCACGAUGACCAUCGACUGGAACGAGUGGAGAGACUACCACCUUCUGCAUCCCGUGGAAAACAUCCCCGAGAUCAUCCUGUAUUGGAAGCAUUCCACGAUCUUUGAUGUAGGUGAGAAUCUGACAGUCCCUGAUGAGUUCACAGUGGAGGAGAGGCAGACCGGGAUGUGGUGGAGACACCUAGUGGCCGGAGGUGGGGCUGGGGCCGUGUCCAGAACCUGCACAGCCCCGCUGGACAGGCUCAAAGUGCUCAUGCAGGUCCAUGCCUCCCGCAGCAACAACAUGUGCAUCGUGGGCGGCUUCACCCAGAUGAUUCGAGAGGGAGGGGCCAAGUCACUCUGGCGGGGCAACGGCAUCAAUGUCCUCAAAAUUGCCCCCGAGUCGGCCAUCAAAUUCAUGGCCUAUGAGCAGAUCAAGCGUCUUGUUGGGAGUGACCAGGAGACUCUGAGGAUUCACGAGAGGCUUGUGGCAGGGUCCUUGGCAGGGGCCAUCGCUCAGAGCAGCAUCUACCCUAUGGAGGUUCUGAAGACCCGGAUGGCCCUACGUAAGACAGGCCAGUACUCAGGCAUGCUGGACUGUGCCAGGAAGAUCCUGGCCAGAGAAGGGAUGGCAGCCUUCUACAAAGGCUAUGUUCCCAACAUGCUGGGGAUCAUCCCCUACGCUGGGAUCGACCUCGCUGUCUACGAGACACUCAAGAACGCCUGGCUGCAGCGCUAUGCGGUGAACAGCGCAGACCCUGGGGUGUUUGUGCUCCUGGCCUGCGGCACCAUGUCCAGCACCUGUGGCCAACUGGCCAGCUACCCACUGGCCCUGGUCAGGACCCGAAUGCAGGCCCAAGCCUCCAUUGAGGGCGCUCCAGAGGUGACCAUGAGCAGCCUCUUCAGACAGAUCCUGCGGACCGAGGGAGCCUUUGGCCUGUACCGGGGGCUGGCACCCAACUUCAUGAAGGUGAUCCCAGCCGUGAGCAUCAGCUACGUGGUGUACGAGAACCUGAAGAUCACGCUGGGCGUGCAGUCUCGGUGACGGGAGGGAGGCCAGUCCCGCCCGGCGGACUCACAGAUCCUGGGCCUGCAGCCCCGGGAUGUGUAGCCAUCUCAUUCUGUGAAUGUGCCGACACUAAGCUGACUUAAGCCAAGCUGUGAAAACCCUGGGACGCACCCACAGGGCGGGGGGAGAGCUGGCAGGCCCCCUGGUUUGUCCUGCUGACCACGGCCAGCCCUCGUGCCUGUCCCAGGGAAGACCCGUGGGUGUGCCUCAGGCCCAGGGGUCAGCAGGACACAGGCUUAUGCGCAGUAGGGACAGGACGUUUCCUGCAGGGUCUGCCAAACAGCAGGGCUUGAAGGCCGGCUUAGUUCUUCCAUCUUUUCCUCCUGCCCAGACCGUCGGCCAUGGGCUCUUGCCCCCAGCCUGCUGGGCAUCUUCGCCGUGCCCACUUUGCUUCUUCCUCACUGCUGUUUUCAUAUGGUAGGAGGAGGGCUACAAGCCCACUCCCACGGCCCACCUCACUCCUCUCCCCUCAGUCUAUGGAAGGGGGAGGGUUGCUUCCACCUGACCUCGCGACCCGGACUUCCCCGGCGCACAGCAUCGCCUGUGGCUCGGUCGCACGGGGAAGAGGGAGGAGGCUGGCUGUGGGCUCCCCCUCACCUGGGCGCUGACAUGCGUGUGCAUGCAGGGGCAAGGCCCAACCCCGCCAUUGGCUGCCUGGUGCCUGGCGCAUGGCUUCCCGGGAGGCUUGUGCUGGUCCUGAAACCCAGAGGCCCCUGCUCUGCGGCUGGGGCCUCCUGGUGCUCUGAGCUGGCCCUGGAGUUGUGCAGGGCUGGCCUGAGCUCAGAACCCAUCUCUGUUGCUGCGGCGGCAGGAAGGCAGUGGGGCCCAGCGUUGUCGUGGGAAGGCCAGUUUCUGCCCCAUGUCUGCAUGCCUGGUGAGAGAAGGAGAAGGGGUCAGUGGCCUUAAUUGUAAAUUGUUGGAAAAGGGGCUCUGUUCAGAAAGACAAGCCGGACAAAUGUGCAAGUUUCGUGCUUCCAGAGGGAAAACAAAGCAAGUAGCUUGGCUGACUGCAUUAAAGUCUUUCUGACGCCCCUGGGGAUGUGUGUCCAAUCCCAGCUGGGGCACAGCGGGACCAGCCUCACAUUCCACUGAUGCACCCUGUCACACCGCUUGAAGUCUAUUUAUUUCAUAUUUAUUUGAACAGAGUUAUGUCCUAACUAUUUUUAUAGAUUUGUUUAAUUAAUAGCCUGUCAUUUUCAAGUUCAUUUUUUAUUCAUAUUUAUGUUCAUCGUUGAUUGUACCUUUCCAACACCCGAGAGGUGGGCUGAGGAGAGAAAGAGUGGCUGUGGGAGCGACCUUCAGCCACUGCCCGCCCGACAGAAGAAGGGCAGGGUGGGGCGGGCCUGCACCCAAGAAGCCUUAGGAUCUGAGGGUUUGAUUGGGGGCGGGACAAGCAGGAGAAGUCUCAAUUGCAUUAAACAUGGAAGUCCAAAUCCUCUUUCGGACCAGAAGGAUUUCUGUAUUUCCCCCUUUCUGAAUGCCAGGGCAGCGCGGUGCCUAUCACUGUGAGUGUGAGAGGGGGGUCAGCGGAGAGGGUGGCCAGCUCCCCGCCCCACCUGUGAGGCGGGCGUCUCCCCCCCGGCUCCCCCACCUGCUGCCCUGCUCAUUAGCGCCGGUCGGCCUGCAGCCUCGCAGUUGCACUUUUCAUUCCACCAGAAUGGCCCAGUGAGGACAAUUUAAAUAGGAUGCAAAGAUCAAUGCAAAACUUACUGUUAUAUAUAAAUAUACUUAUAACUGGAAUUGAUGAAAAAGCAAAUUAAGAAUUGGAAGUUGUCAUUUAAAACAGCCUUCUAAUAAAGUUUCAAAGCUGAUGAUA